AUGUUUGAAAAGAAGAUUGUUUAUAUUGAAGCUCAAAUUAAUGAAGCUUCUAGUGGAGUUACUGCAGAACAAAUGCAAGAAUUUAAACAAAGCUUUGAUGCAUUUGAUGGAAAUCAUGAUGGAGUUCUUGAUAAACUUGAAUUUAGAUCAUGCUUAAGUUCUAUGGGAUUAAUUGAUAUUGAUUUCACAGGAGGAGAAGAUGCUCAAUAUGAUGCUAUUUAUAAUAAUGUUACAAAAGGAGAAAAUGGAGUUUCAUUUGAUAAUUAUGUCCAAUAUAUGAAAGAAAAGAAUGAUGAAAAUCCAUCACCAGAACAACUUAAUGAAAUUUUCUCUACAAUUGCUGCUGGUAAAGAAAUUAUUACUGAAGCUGAUAUGCAAAAAGCUGGUAUGAGUGCUGAACAAAUUGAAUAUGUUAAAUCUAAUCUUCCACAAAAAGAUGAUGGUUAUGAUUAUGCUGCUUGGGUUAAGACUAAUUAA